AUGGGGGAUAAUCAGCCCCUUUAUUUGUCUUCCGCUGUGUCUAGUGAGGUUAAGGCUGACUUAGCUCGACGGACUGAGCUGAGUGCCGCACGGCUUAAUGAGGUUCACUGCUGUCUUCUGAGGUUCACUGCUGCAACAGGAGUUUCGCUGGUCCGAAGAGAGCUGCCAUCGGAAGAAGCUGUGACGAGGGUCAUUGGCUGUCCGAGGUUUAUUGGAGCUGAUACGAGGGGAAAUUCUGCUGGUGUUAAGGUUGCCAGGGGGAAGUUCUGCCAAAGUGAGGUUAGAUCAGGCUGUGACUGGGCAAAUUCUGCCAGUUUCGUGGAAGGCCUGUGGAGGCAGAUUUGUGGCGAGGUUCAUUCAGCUGAGGACUGGGCGAGUUGCGCAGAGGCAGUUUCUGAAGCGAGGUUCAGAUUGCCUGCAGAAGCAGAUUUGCGGUGGAAGCUGUGGCAGACGAGGUUAAUUCUGCCUGAGGAAGCAGUAGCCAGCGAGGUUCAGUUGGGGUCCAGAAUUGUGACUGGGUGA